GGAGAAGAUCAAAAGGGGAAGGCAGAAACGGCAGAACGAACUGAAACCAUACAUACGAGGGCUUCUCCAAUCGGCAGUUGAUUCCUAGUUGAUAGAUGGCUGCCAUGGAGACAGCUGUUGCCUGGGUUCCGAAUUUGGGGGUCCCCUUGGUGUCUCAUCUGGACACCACGGGGCUCUACACGGAAUUCGGCGACGAUCAAGAGGGUGUGGAUGGGCUAUGGGAGAGGGUGAUGGCCGGUUUGGAAGCAAGUGCUGACAUGGAUGAUGUUGAUGAAAAGGACAACGAGAGAGAGGUUGGGGAUGGAGUGGACGCUAUUCGAGGAGAGGAAGGAGAGGCUGACGAUAACGAAGAAAUCGAUCCGACACAAACGGUAUUUGUAAGCCAGUGGAUGGUGGCUGUUCUUAUGGCGCUUGGCAUGGAGAUGAUCAGCGGGACGGAACACCAGGGUACUGUCGGAAGUAUCGUCAAUGCCGCAGGUAUCCGGAUCUUGCGGCUCCCCUCGGAUCCUGCGUAAGUGCAAAAACACCACUUUUUGGAGCAUUCCUGCAGCGGAAGACAUGCUCUUCUCUGUCUUAGCUCGUCUCUUGAGUGUUCUGCUUAAUGCAUGU